AUGGAGAUUAAAGUUGAGAUAAUCAAGAGAGAGACAAUAAAACCUUCCUCUCCAACCCCAAAUCAUCUUAGAUGCUUCGAUCUCUGCCUUAUAGAUCAGCUGCAGCCUGCAUCUUACAUAUCAUUGCUUCUAUUCUACUCUAAUAACACCGUCGACCCUUCUCUUCCCCAUGUCAAAUCUGCAGAAAUAUCUUAUACGCUCAAGGCAUCAUUAUCUCAAACUCUGGCUCGCUUCUACCCGCUUGCUGGGAAAGUCAAAGACAAUGUCUCAAUCGAUUGUAACGACGAUGGAGCUGAUUUUCUCGAAGCCCAAGUCAACUGCCGUCUCUCAGACAUUCUCGAACAGCCUCAACGGAAAAUUCUGCGCCAAUUUCUUCCUAAAGAGAUUGAAUCCAGUCUGGUGCUAGUUCAGGCUACCUUCUUUUGUUGCGGAGGAAUGGCCAUUGGGGUCCGCGUUUCCCGCAGGUUAGCCGACGCAUCCACGGCUACUCUGUUCAUCCAAGCCUGGGCCGGCACGGCCCUUGGGUCUGGUGAUCCGGCGGCGCUACCGGAAUUUGGCGUGGCAUCAUCUCGCUUACCACCGAGAAAAGAGCUCUCCGCCACGCCGCCGGCCAAGCAAACGGUGAAUGAUGAGACGAUUGUUACAAGGAGAUAUGUGUUUGAUGCAUCAAAGAUUGGUGCUCUCAAGGCUAAAGCCGCCGGCGGUAGCAUUCCGCAGCCCACGCGCGUCGAAGCCGUGUCAGCCCUCAUUUGGAAAUGUGCAAGGACCGUCUCACGGCCGUCGAAGCUGGUCCAAAUAAUGAACAUCCGCAAAAGGGUAGCGCCGCCAUUCCCUGAAACUUCUUUUGGGAAUCUCAUGUGUUUGUUUGUGGCGAAAACGGGGGACAGAGAGACAGAGCUGGACGGCUUGGUUAUUGAGCUGAGGAAAGGGAUAGAAGCCUUUACUCAAAAUUAUGCAUCAAAAUUUCAAGGCGACGAGACCUUCUCUGUGUUUGGUGAGUCUUAUAAAGAGAUUGAUAGCCUUUACGCAGAGAGUGUUCACUUCAUUGGCUUCUCCAGUUGGUGCAGAUUUCCGCUGUAUGAAGCUGAUUUCGGGUGGGGAAAGCCCACGUGGGUAAGUGUUGGUGAUUUGGUGCACAAGAAUUUCGUUGUACUGGUGGAUACGAGAGAUGGCGGCGGAAUUGAAGCUUGGGUGACUCUUAGCGAACAAGAUAUGGCGUUAUUUGAACGUAACAAAGAGCUGCUUGAAUUUGCAGCCUUGAAUCCAAGUGUUGAACGAUAA